AUGGAGGGGGACUCUGCACUUGAGCAUGACUGCUUGGAAAUAAUUGACCAAGUUUAUUCUAGCAGGCCAGAUAUGAUGGAGGAGCUGCUGGCGUCGCCGGACUGGGAGCUAUAUACAGAUGGGAGCAGCUUCAUGGACAAUGGCCAGCGACGAGUGGGGUAUAUGGUGGCCACUGCAGACAAGCUGGACAGCUUCUCACCAGUGCGGAUUCUCUGGAAGGUUUCAGAUGGCACAGGCAGUGUCUGUGGCGUCAACUUUGUAGCUGGAGCCUCCCUGGAAAGCCAAAGUUCUGUGGAGGAGAUGGUGAGGAAGGACAUUGAAGACUUUGAGGGAGAGCCCUUUCAGCCUCCAAAAAGCUGGUCUCCAAGCCAGAAUGGGAGUCACAUUGAGGCCAUCUGGGCUGCAAACCGCACCCUCUCCUCCUCCUACCAGCACUCCUCACGGGUGGCCAUGUUCAUUGUAGCCCUCAUGCUGACCUUCCUCCUCUGCAUGGUGGGCAAUGCCCUGGUCUGCUUCAUCGUGCUCAGGAACCGGCACAUGCGCACCAUCAGCAACACGGUCAUUCUCAUCCAGGCCAUCAGAGACCUGCAGGUGGGCAUCUUCUGCAUGCCUGCCACCCUGGUGGCCUCCAUUGUUACAGGGUGGCCCUGAAACACCACAUGCAAGAUAAACGGCUUGGUGCAGGACACAUCUGUGUCAGCUUCCAUUAUCACACUGCUGGCCAUUGAGGUGAGAAGAUUCCGCUGCACUGUGCACCCUUUCUGCGAAAGGCUGACCCUGCAGAAGGUGCUGGUCACCAUUGCAGUCACCUGGGCCCUGGCCCUGCUCAUCAUGGGCACCUCCGCUGUCGUGCUGUCAUGCAAGGAGCACCAUUUCAUGGUGGACACUCACAUUUGCUCCUCCUGGCUCUACUUGUGCUGGGAGGCCUGGCCUGACAAGGGCCACCAGGUCUACAUUGCCGUGUUCUUUUCACACACCUACCUUGCACUGCUGAAACUCUUCAUGGUCAUGUAUGCUGCCCGCAAGCUUGUCGAGGCCUCGGGCCCAGCCAAGUGGGCAAGGAGGUCAGCUGGGAACAGGUGGGGGCUCUGGCACGAGGCCAAGGUCGUGCACCUGCUAGUUGUGGGGGCACUCUCCUUCACCCUGUCCUGGCUGCCCCUCUGGGCACUGUGGCUGUUCACCCACCACCAGCAGCUCAGUGAGUUGCAGCAGCACCUGAUCCCUGUCACUCCUUCCUACUCCUUCCCCUUUGCCCACUGGCUGGCCUUCUUCAACAGCAGCACCAGCGCCACCAUCCGUGGCUACUUCGACAAGAACUUCUGCCAUGGCUUCCAGGCUGCCUUCCAUGCCUGGCUCUGCCUGGUACAGUAGGGGAGCCACCAGAGGACCUACUGCUCUCAUGGGUAGGUGGAGGCGCAGCCGGACUCUGGCCUGACGUCCGAGGUGGGUCUCGCAGCGGGAGCUCCCAGGCCUGGCUGCCUCCUGCCACACCAUGACCCCACGGCACACCAUGGCUCGGCUGGGGAGGGCCCUGGCUGCUCUCAGCCUGGGACAUUUGCGUGGCAUAGGGAGGGCAGCCCCUGA